AUGGAGAGUCUACAGUGUACGGAACGUACCAGAAUCCUGCAAAUUGUGUUCAUUCAAGUUGUUUGCGCAAUGUCCAUGGCGACUCAGAUUUGUCCUUACAACACAAGCUUCGAGUAUGAGGUUUUCCCUCAACUUCAGCUUCCAGCAUCAGUCAGCAAGGUAGACGUCGCUACUUUAACCAAGACAUGCAAGUGUGUGUACGACACCCUCACCUGCUCAAGUUUAGAUAAUCUUGCCCCACUGUACACUGGAGCUGACGCCCUUAAUAUCACCAGUUUCAAUUUAUGGAACGGAAACAUCACCAGUAUAUCAAGGAACAGCCUACCCCCUGGACUAAACAGCAUUUACUUUUACGACCAUCCCAUGACCAACAUCUCAGAUGAUGCCUUCUAUAGUUCGGCGCAAACCUUAAACUCCCUGACCAUCAUUGGUGCCAGGUUCCGUCAGUUACCCAAAGCCUUGCUGGUGUUGACCAACUUGACCAGCUUGCAGAUCCAACAAACACCCAAACAGGACUGGGAUGACUCCAUUCUACAACAUAUCAUAGCCAAUGUUACACAUCUUAUAUUGAAGAACGUUGGUUUAAACAAAUGGCCUGCCUCCAUCUCAUCUUGUCACACACUAGUUAACCUAGACUUAAGCGAUAAUCCUCUGAAAACGAUUCCACAACAAGCUUUCCUCUCGUUUGCUUAUACUCUUAAAGAACUUGACUUAGGGCAUACAGCUCUGACCCAAAUCCCGAUAGCCUUGUCUAGCCUGCAAAAUUUAACCACACUUGACCUCGGUGGUCUUGCACUAAAUAAUGCCCAUGAUGUUGAAAAACUGGCAUCUAUGCCAUUUGGAGACCACCUGAUGUUCUUAAACUUAGAAUCAAGUCAACUAAAGACGAUUCUGAACUUUUCAUCUUUUACAAAUCUCACUGCAGUUAUGUUGAACAACAACAGCAUAUCUGACGCUACCUCUGGUUCUUUUCCUUUCUCUUUGAGUGAUCUUUUCCUUGCAAAUAACCACCUUUCCUCAGUGCCCACAUCUGUUGCUGACCUACCUCACCUGGCUUCGUUAUAUUUAUCCCAUAAUCAGAUCACAAGCAUUGAGCCAGACUCUCUCCCACCCAGUCUGACCAGGUUAGACUUGACAUACAACAAAAUCAAAGUGAUUACCAAUACAUCUUUCGUCAACAUGACCAACUUAUCAUAUUUACAGUUGUCUUCCAAUCCGAUAUCAACAAUAGAUCCCUCAGCAUUCUUAGAUCUUGUGUCCCUGAAGAAUCUUGGCCUUGGGGAUAUACCUCUCACGGAGAUUCCUCUUUUCAUGGCAACACUGCCCAGAGAUAUCGACCUGUAUAUGAUAAUCUAUGACCGAAUACCGUGUCCAUGCCCACCACCGCAAGAACUAGUAGACUGGAUGAAACUGUCAAAUGAAACCGUCAAUUUCAGCGUGGACUGUGACAGUUAUAUAUCUAUUGAACUGUACCUUACCACGGGCUGUGAUUCUACAUCUACAGUCGCGACAGUAGCCACACCAGGUGGCGCCAGUACACUCCAGUGCUGUCUGUUCUCUUUGGGCAGUUCUGUUCUUCUAUUGACGACGGUGUUUUGGGUGUUCCUGUACUAA